AAAGCCUUACAUGAGGAUGAGGUGCUUGCAGAUUCUUCAUUUCCUUAAAGCUUAGUACACAUCUUCAGAAAACUGGAAAGUUUCCUUUUUGUAACACAUAAAGCUCUUGGGCUUGCUUGCGAGUUCCAGAAUCUAUCUGAUUCAAUCUUUUCUAUUUCCCCCCACCUUUUUAAACAAAGAAACAAAGAAAGAUAUCUUUAAAUCUGUUGAGAUUUUCAGAGGAAGUGUGAAGUCAGCUAUGUCUGACUUGGAAUUCACUCUCUUUCUUCUUCCUGUGAUCUUUGCUGCAAUUCUUUUCAUUAAUUUCUGCAAAAGAAAACACUACUACAACCUUAAUCUUCCCCCGGGGAAGAUGGGGUGGCCGUUUCUGGGUGAAACCAUUGGCUACUUGAAACCUUAUUCUGCUACCUCAAUAGGAGAGUUCAUGGAAGAUCACAUAUCGAGAUUUGGGAAGAUAUUCAAGUCGAAUUUAUUCGGGGAGCCGGCGAUUGUGUCAGCAGAUGCAGGGCUGAACAGAUUCAUUCUGCAGAACGAAGGGCGGCUGUUUGAGUGCAGCUAUCCGAGGAGCAUUGGUGGGAUUCUUGGGAAAUGGUCGAUGCUUGUUUUGGUCGGGGAAAUGCACAGAGAUAUGCGGAGUAUUUCCUUGAAUUUCUUGAGCAAUGCUAGGCUCAGAACACAGCUUCUAAAAGAAGUGGAGAAACAUACUUUGCUUGUUCUUGGCUCCUGGCAGGAAAACUCUGUCAUCUGUGCCCAAGAUGAAGCCAAAAAGUUCACGUUUAAUUUCAUGGCGGAACAUAUUAUGAGCUUGGAGCCAGGGAACGUGGAGACAGAGAAGCUGAAGAAAGAGUAUAUUACUUUCAUGAAAGGGGUGGUUUCUGCGCCAUUGAAUUUCCCAGGAACAGCGUACAGAAAGGCCUUACAGUCGCGGUCGACGAUCCUUAAAUUCAUCGAGAGAAAAAUGGAGGAGAGAGGACAGGGCAUCAUGAAAGAACAGGACAACGAUCUCCUAGGUUGGGUUCUCAACAAUUCUAGCCUCUCCAAGGAACAAAUUCUUGACUUGGUUCUAAGUUUACUCUUCGCCGGCCAUGAAACAUCCUCGGUGGCCAUUGCUUUAGCCAUCUUCUUCUUGCAAGGCUGUCCCGCCGCGAUUCAACAACUGAGAGAAGAGCACUCGAAAAUUUCCAAACCCAAUGAGAAAUCUGGAGUGAAGGAGUUGACUUGGGAAGACUACAAGAAAAUGGAAUUCACCCACUGCGUUGUGAAUGAGACGUUAAGGUUGGGGAAUGUGGUGAGGUUUCUGCACAGGAAAGCCAUCAAGGACGUUCGGUACAAAGGGUAUGACAUUCCAUGUGGAUGGAAAGUGCUACCGGUGAUUGCAGCCGUGCAUUUAGAUCCUUCACUUUUUGACCAUCCCCAGCACUUCAAUCCAUGGAGGUGGCAGAACAAAGACGGAUCGGCGGCGGCGGCGCCGACGAGUAAUAAUAACUUCAUGCCGUUCGGCGGAGGGCCGCGGCUGUGCACCGGAUCGGAGCUGGCGAAGCUGGAGAUGGCGGUGUUCAUCCGCCAUUUAGUCCUGAACUACGACUGGGAACUCGCCGAUUCCGACGAGGCGUUCGCCUUCCCGUUCGUCGACUUCCCCAAAGGCUUGCCCAUCACCGUAUCCCGCCGAAACAGUUUUACGCAACAAGAGUGUAUUGAUCAUAGCUGUACAAGUAAAGAUAUAUAGUAACGGUUAUAUAUAUAUAUAUAUAUAUUACUCCGUAUAUUUUUAAAAAAGGGGGGAAAAAAAGUCUGCAAAUUCUACCAUUAUUAAAGCAGAAGUGACAGAUCAGAAUUGAAGAAGAUGAUAUUUGUUUUGUAUCAUGCAUGCAUGCUAUAUAUUAUAUUGUGGAUAUCGAAGACGACGAUCCUCAUCAUAUCUUUCCUACUUGUGUUCGAAAUACAUCAGUUCGAACUGUUUGAGGAAGACGAAAGAACAAUUGUCACAUAUUAUGAAAUAUUUCUGAAUCCUCCGAUCUGUAAAUUAUAGUAUAGUACGGAGUAUUAAUUUAUCCGUUGUUUCUAGGAUGGUUGGUCGGAGGUGGAGACUUUUGUAGUUUUCAUGUAUGUAUAUGUAAUGAUAUUUUUAUUUAAAAUUUGUGAGCAAUUCAAUCCAGUCUUUAUCCUUGUUA